GCCACACUUGAACCUCCGCCUUUGCCGGCUGAUGGAGAACAACAAUCAAGCCCAAUCCUCCCCUUACCCUCCUCCUCCUCCUCCUCCUCAGGCACCCGUCCCGGCCCCUCACUUCCACCACCUCCUCCAGCAGCAGCAGCAGCAGCUUCAGAUGUUCUGGUCCUUUCAGCGCCAAGAAAUCGAACAGGUUAACGAUUUUAAAAACCACCAGCUUCCUUUGGCUCGCAUUAAGAAGAUCAUGAAAGCCGACGAGGACGUGCGUAUGAUCUCCGCCGAAGCGCCCAUUUUGUUCGCCAAGGCCUGCGAGCUCUUCAUUCUGGAACUCACUAUUAGGUCAUGGCUUCACGCGGAGGAGAAUAAGAGGCGGACAUUGCAGAAGAACGAUAUUGCGGCGGCCAUCACGAGGACCGAUAUCUUUGAUUUCUUAGUUGAUAUUGUGCCUAGGGAUGAAAUCAAGGACGAAGCUGGAUUGGGAGGCAUGGUCGGAGCCACUGCUAGUGGAGUGCCCUACUAUUACCCCCCUAUGGGUCAACCGGCAGGGGCUCCCGGGGGGAUGAUGAUUGGGAGACCGGCAAUGGAUCCCAUCGGAGUUUACGCUCAGCCGCCGUCACAGGCCUGGCAGUCGGCGUGGCAGCCCUCGGCGGAGGACGGUUCUUACGCCAGUGGAGGCAACAGCGGGCAGGGCAAUCUUGAUGGUCAGAGCUAAGGUAAGGUAAGGUAAGGUAAGGUAAGGUAAGGUAAGCAAUUCUUGUGUGUAGAUGAUGAUGAUCCUGCUGUGUGGUGCAAUGAAGGGGGAAAAAAGUGAUGAUGCUUUUCCAUGGCGUAAAAGGAAGUGUAUUUUUCUUUUAUGUUUCCUUAUUUUUUUCAAAUGAGGUUAACUUAGAAAGUUGUAUAAACUUGAACUACAUGUCCUGGAAUUGACAUUACUUGCUGCUGUUUCAACAA